UUUCUUUCCAUUCAUCGGGAAAAAGUAGUAUCUUUUAUGCAAUUACAUCAAGUAUACGUGUGCGGAUAUCCAUAUAGAUAGAUAAACGUAUAAAGAUGAAAUAGGAAAAAACGCUAGACAUAUCGGUUCGUCUUGAACCGUCGUUACGCAGGAUUCAUUCACAACGGAGCUUGAAUUACCUCGAUGCUUGUAGUUGACGGAUUCAUCGCGUAUUCUCAAUUCAGAGAAGAAUUAACUAGGGAACGAGGAAGAAAACGAGGUUAUACUAUUGUUCAAUCGGAAUAAACAGAAGGCCAACGCUCACAGGCUCCAACCGGUGCCAGGGUCGGUGGCGACAGAGUCAAGCUUCAAACGAUCGUGACAACAAACGCGAAGGGAAGAAUUAUUCGACGAGUUCCGUCGCCGAAGACAGUGGAGCUUUCUGUGAAAUGCGGAGAACGUCACCGCAAAAUAAACUAGAGAGAUCGGGAACUGGGCAGUCCGGAAGCUCGCCACGAGUGACGCUUCGGCUAAACCAGGUGCGCAAUACGAAGGAUGAUAAAAAGACGAGCGGUGCAGUAACGACUUCCCGGCAGAGCGCGAGCUCGGCAACGAGUCAGAUGGAAGCUUCGAACAGAAAUGCUAGCGGCUCGUCGGGAUCAUCGUCGUCGACGAUUUCGUCGAGCGUUAAUUCUACAACGGCUCUCGGCGCAAGUACCGGUGGUGCCGCUGCCUCUGCCGCUGUUACUACCACUUGCUCAGUGGUUGCGGAGGGCACAUGCGUAGGUGCUAGCAGCGGUGCAGGCGCGGGUGCAGGAACGAACGCAGCCGGUGGCGGCACCGGUACGAGUACGGGUGGAAAUGGGAAUUUGACGACGAACGAGACGAACGACGUUUACGAGUUCAAGAGUUCGAAAGAGGCGACACCCGUCCGAGGAUCGAGUUGUUCACCAAAUCCCGAAAAAGACCAUGAGAAAGAUAAAGAAAUUGCGGCAGCACUGGCCUCCGGAAAUCAGGACGCCGGGGGAAUAGCCAUUUGCAGCGGGAGUGGCUCACAAAUCGAGCAGAACGAAACAAUGGGAGCAAAUUCGGCAAAUCUGAUGAUGGCGAAUGUGGCUGGAGUCGGAGGCGGAAGCGAUUCUCACGUUGGUAUCGCCGGCUCACCGUCCGCGAAGCGUCCCCAUGAACCCAGUGAUAAUCCGGAAGAGCAGGAGGAUGAAAUGAGACGAAAGAAGAGAAAAGAUUCGGAAGUUACGGGCAAGGACUCGAGCGGCAAAGGCCAGGGAACGAGUAGACAAAAUGUUGGCAGAAAUGGAGCCAACCUCAACGACAAAUCAACGAAAUCCGGAAAACAAAGCGGCUCGAGCGGUAGCGCGUCGUCGUCAUCGACGUCAUCGUCGAUGUCACUGAAGAACAACAGCAACAACGGUCAGGGCACAACUUCAACGAGCACAGAUCGGAAGAGUCCUGGAGCAAUAUCGGUGUCGACGGCGGCGGGUGCGGUCGCGAUGGGGGCGAGUGCCAGUCCAAAAACGCCGCAAACCGGUUCUUCGAUUUCUGGAACAAACUCAAAAACUUCGACUCCAGCACCAGUAGAAUCUGACGACGAGGAUGACGUACCCAAAGGUUCUGAUGCGAGCUCGGCACCCAAAGUGCCGCCCUUGAAAAUUGUUAUACCACAGAGUACAACCUCGGAGCAAGAGCUUGGUGCGAGGAACGGCAAGAAUACCUCAAACCGCAAUCAUCAAUUGCCUUACGUAGUGCCAAGCUCGAACAGCGGUAGCGGCAGUAGCAGCAGCAACGAUUCGGCCGAUAAGGAUCAACCCCUGUCGGCAAGUGGCACCACGAGUCCGACUGAAACUUCAAAUGCUUCCAAAAACGAUGAAAAGAAAGAUUUUUCGGGGGUGCUGCACGGUGAAGAACGGUCCACGCAUCAUCAGCGGGUUCUCAGAAGUUCUCACAGGAGUGGAAAUGGUGCGAAUGGGUCAUCAUUGAGUGCGAAGGAUGGGUCAGUUGGUGGUGGAUCGUUGAACAGUAGUUUUGCAAAUUCAUCGCCUAUUCCAACGGCAAGCGCAGCCCCCGUGAUUGCAAAUUCAUCAACUGCGACAAUGGAUAGAUCAAACAAUUCCUCUCCGCAGCAGCAGCUGCAACAGCAGCCUCUGCUGGUCCAACAACAACAAACGGCAACACAUUCGCAACAGCAGCAGCAACAACAGCAGUCGCAACAACAACCACAACAGCAGCAGCAACAACAAACGCAAACACAUCAGCAACAGAGACACAAUUCACCCGGUCCAGAAACUGCAUCGAAUGCAGAAUCGAGCAAAGCAAACGCGAGCGAGUCAGCUGCGGGUAACAACGUGAGUGGCAACAACGGCGCGGCUAGGAGCGGGAGCCCGAGUAAUAACUCCGGCGGUGGGAUCGCCUCAAAAAGUGGAACUGGCGAAAAGACUGACAAAAAUGCUGACUCUAACAACAAAAGUCCUAAAGACUCUAGCGAAUCAACGGAGCCGGCUUGUUCCUCCAGUUCGAUGUCGACUAUGUCAGGGACGAACAACAGUAACAAUAGCAGUAGCAGCAGCAGCAGUAGCGGCAGCAAUAACAACAAUAGUAAUAAUAAUUCUAAUAGUAAUAACAAUACAAUAACAAGCAACGCUUCCGUCGAGUUGCAUCCAAGAAAAAGAAAGAUGAAACCGAACAAGGAGGCUCAACAAGCCGCAGCCACGGCUGCUUCUGUGACGAACGAAACUAUUGAGACCACCAACACUGGACCGGAAGUUCAUCCACACGAUCAACCUAUAACCAAUUGCUAUCAAUUGUUCCUCAAUAUUAGGAAACAGAUCGAAAGACGUAGGAAAGGACUUUUCCCGGUGCAGCCGAAACCACCACAAGGCUUCAAGGAUUACCUUAUGAAUCGUUGUACAUACGUUCUCGCCGGAAACGCAAACAAAGAGCCAAACAUAAAUCCGCCGUCGACCCUCCAAGCUCCCCCUAUGAAAGACCUUUACGGAGAGCAAGAAAAGGAACGGUAUCGUUUGAGGAUGCAACACGUUGUUGAAAAGGAAAAAUUGGUAUUAUCAGUCGAACAAGAAAUUCUCAGAGUGCAUGGACGAGCCGCUCGGGCCUUGGCCAAUCAAUCUCUUCCCUUUUCCGUUUGUACUAUUCUCAAAGACGAGGAAGUGUACAACGUCAUUACACCGGAACAAGAGGAAAAGGAUCGGAACGCGAGAAGCAGGUACAACGGUAGAUUGUUCCUGAGUUGGCUUCAGGAUGUUGAUGACAAGUGGGAAAAAAUUAAGGAAGCAAUGUUAUUGAGGCAUCAUAACGAAGCAGAAUCGUUGCACGCGGUUCAACGCAUGGAUUGGGAAUGGAAGUUGAAGGAAGUUGGAUUGUGCGAAUUCAAAGUAACUCCACAAAUUGAGGAUCUCCACGUACCGAUGGUCCAUGUCUCAGAUGAUUUCGAUCUUCUACCUGCUUAGUUCUCUCAACUUCUCUUGGCUUUCAGCCAUCAAACCAAAUUUUAAUAAGACUCGUUCGGCUAUACCUUUCUAUCGUGUAGAUACUGUACAUACUUUGUAAUUAUUACAUUUCAACAUCGAAUAAAAGGUUACUCUUAUAUUUUUCA